AUGCCUCGUCUCACCUCAUUUCUCGCCCUCUCCUUGCUAUCCAGCACAAUCUCUGCAGAGAGUAUCGCUAGGGUUUGGACACAUUUCUACCCCAACUGUCCAGGCGAUGCCUUCUCCAAGCUCGACACAUACGAAAACUAUCAAGAAAGCGCCCCAUCCGAAGAUAUCAAAGUGAACAGCUGCAAGAACAUCGCAGUCCCCUCAUACGAGCACAGUCUUGUCAGCGCAAUCUCCGUCGAUGCAGAGCUUCUCUCACACCGUCAUGACCUUCCAUUCUUACAAGGCGGCAGCGGCUGCAACAUCACAAUCCACGAGGUCCCAGGAUGCAUCGACCCACCCCUCAUCACCAAAGAGAUCCGUGACGGCGUCGCAGUAAGCCAAUGCGAGCAGCGUUCAUUCGCAGCAUACAGCCAAAUCUGGGUAAAUCUCGUCUGCGAUGAUGAAAGCCCACUUCAUGAAAGUCCCCCCACGCCAAGCAAAGAAGAGCAAAAGCAGGCCGAUACGCAACAAGGUGUUCCUACCAACCAGCCUGAUGCUCCGGUGCGUACUGAGAAGCAGACCUCAGUGGAAGACAUCAACAACAUCCAGACUCCGGGCUCGAGCUCAAAUUCAUGGAGCUCCCAGGCUUCGAACAGCCAUCGUGAGCCUUUCCAAGAGAGUCGUAUCAACAAUGCUGGUCAUUCGGAGAGCCAGCAGGUUGUGCAUGAGAUGAUGGAGUUGAUGAAGAACAAAACUGCAAAGAUUGUCUCUGGGAAGCACAAUUCCACUCGUUUGAAUCUGGCCUCGCCAAAUGGCACCACGGCGGGUGACCGUACCAUGAUGGCUCGUCGACGAUUGUCUGUUUUGCGCAAUCGUGUCGCUCGUCUCAUUUAG